AUGGCGAUCCGCGUCGUUGUGUCACUGCUGAGCGGUCGACAUGUGUCCGUGGAAAUCUCGGCGGACGCGAAGAUCAGCUCUCUGCGAUGCCGGUCCGCCUCUGAGCUAGGCGCCCGGCUAUGUGCGCUGGCCAGCCCAUGGGGAGGACUCCUCCGCGAUGCCGACACUCUCGCCGAGGCUGGGGUCAAGGAUGGCGACACCCUGACGGCCAUCGCUCGGCACACGGACGUGCUGAUGUCUCGUGGUGCCUGCGCCAAGCUCCUCAGUGACGGCUCUGUGGAAACCCGGGGCCGGAAGGACUACGGCGGGGACUCCUCAUCGGUCCAAGAGAGGUUGCGCGACGUGCACCAGCUCCAGGCGACGAAGUACGCAUUUGCAGCGCUGCUUGAGGAUGGCUCCGUGGUGACCUGGGGCCAUCCGCUGCGGGGUGGAGACAGCCGAGCGGUGCAGGAGCAGCUAAAAGGCGUGAAGCAGAUCCAGGCUACGAACUUAGCCUUUGCGGCCAUUUGCUACAACGGCUCUGUGGUAACGUGGGGCGACGACUUCUCCGGCGGCGACAGCUCCUUCCUGCAGGGCGAGCUGCAGAACGUGGAGAAAAUCCAGGCGAACGACUUCUCCUUUGCCGCGAUCCGUUCAGAUGGCUCCGUGGUCACUUGGGGAAGCCUCCACAGCGGCGGUGACUGCAGCGUCGUGCGAGAGGACCUGAGGCACGUGGAGCACGUCCAGUCCUCGGAAGGCGCCUUCGCAGCCAUCUGCGCGAAUGGCUCUGCCGUCGCCUGGGGCAAUCCCCACUUCGGUGGGGACAGCAGCUGCGUCAGGGACGAGCUGACGAACGUGCAUCAAAUCCAAUCCACGGAUGCAGCCUUCGCAGCCAUUCGGGUGGAUGGGUCGGUCGUGACGUGGGGAGAGGGCUUCUCCGGCGGCGAUAGCACGGCCGUGCGGCAAAAGCUCACGGAAGUUCAGAAGAUUCAAGCAAAUGGCUCCGCCUUUGCUGCCAUCCGGGCAGACGGCUCUGUGGUGACAUGGGGCGAGGCAGUGUGUGGCGGAGAUUGCAGCAGCGUGGCGGGGCAGCUGUCCGGCGUGCAGGAGAUUCAGGCCUCCAGCGGGGCCUUCGCAGCCCUGCGCCGGGAUGGCACCGUGGUGUCCUGGGGCCGGCCGGAGUGUGGAGGCUCGGACAUGUUCGCUGCCGUGCUGGCAGACGGGUCAGUGGUGACGUGGAGCAAGAGCCAGUGA